GCCACCCGUGUAACCGUUAUUCUGAAAGAUGGCCGGAUCGCGGUGGAUUCCCCUCGAGAGUAAUCCAGAGGUCCUGAACACGUGGGCACAGCGAGCGGGGCUCGUAACAUCCCAGGCUCAGUUCGAAGAUGUAUAUGGGCUCGAUCCUGAGCUCCUCGCGAUGGUGUCCAAACCAGUCAAAGCGAUCAUCAUGCUGUUCCCAAUCUCCGACGAGUACGAGGCGAAGCGGAAGGACGAGGACGAGGCGCUGAAGAAGCAGGAGUCGAAGCUCGACCCUACGCUGUUCUUCAUCAAGCAGACGAUCGGGAAUGCGUGCGGGACUAUCGCGCUGAUCCACGCGCUGGCGAAUUCGGAUAUCGUUCUCGCGCCUGGAAGUCCGUUGGCGAACUUCAUCGACCAGUGUCAAGAUAAAACCCCAGAGGAACGCGCCAAGCUCCUAGAGACGACCGAGAUAUUCGCCAACAUCCACGCAGACACGGCGUCGUCGGGACAAACGGCAGCACCGUCCGCUGAUGAGAAGGUGGAGCUGCACUUUACGUGCUUCGUCGAGGCGCCGACGAAGGAGUCACGGAACACGGAGGCCCCGAGCGGCGCGCAGAGGCUCGUGGAGCUGGACGGUCGUCGUGUCGGCCCUAUUGACCGGGGACCAUGCACGGAUUUGCUGAAUGAUGUGGCCAAGUUCAUCAAGGAGAGGUACAUUGCUGGGUCGUCCAGCAUGCAGUUCAGCGUCAUGUCGCUCGGCCCGCCGGCCCAUUAGGUCUGCUGAAGAGGGUAUUGUCGCAUACCAGUCAUGUCGAAUCGCGGAGGAAUCCAGGAAAUGUAUUUGUAUAUCCUGUCAAACCGGAUGCUCGUGUGGGUUUUGGCGACUAUUCGCUGGGAUCCCCAUCGGCC